AUGCCGCGCAAAGCGAUUGACUCGCGCAUCCCGGCCUUGAUUCGAAAUGGCGUCCAGGAGAAGAAGCGCAGCUUCUUCGUCGUUGUCGGAGAUCGGGCGAAAGAUGUGAUCGUUCACUUGCACUACAUUAUGUCUAGUGUGGAUGUGAAGCAGAACAAGUCUGUGCUUUGGGCAUACAAGAAGGAUCUGCUGGGCUUCACAAGUCACCGAAAGAAGCGGGAAAACAAGAUCAAGCGGGAGGUUAAGCACGGCAUCCGUGAGCCGAACCAGGAAGACCCUUUCGAGCUGUUCAUUACCCUGAACUCGAUUCGUUACGUAUACUACAAGGAGACGGAGAAAAUUCUCGGUAACACAUACGGCAUGUGUAUCUUGCAAGAUUUCGAGGCUAUCACUCCGAACUUGCUCGCCCGAACAAUUGAGACGGUUGAGGGAGGUGGCAUGGUUCUGCUCUUGCUGAAGAGCAUGAAGAGCUUGAAACAGCUCUACACCCUGUCCAUGGAUAUUCACUCGCGCUACCGCACAGAAGCCCACGACGAUGUGGUAGCUCGAUUCAAUGAGCGCUUUAUCUUGUCACUUGGAAGCUGCGACUCGUGUCUCGUUGUAGACGAUGAGCUGAAUGUGCUUCCCAUCUCUGGUGGCAAAAAUGUCAAGCCGCUCCCUCCUCCCGAAUCCACUGACGACUCAAACUCCGGUACCAAGAAAGAGCUGAAAGAAAUCAAGGAAAGUUUGGCAGACUCGCAACCCGUCGGUCCUCUUUUGAGCCUGGCUCGCACUGUGGAUCAAGCUAAAGCCCUCCUCACUUUCGUGGACGCUAUUGCUGAGAAGACCUUGAGAAGCACCGUUGCUCUCACUGCUGGCCGUGGACGCGGUAAGUCCGCCGCCCUCGGUGUUGCUAUCGCUGCGGCUAUCGCGCAUGGUUAUAGCAACAUCUUCAUCACGUCUCCCAGCCCUGAGAACUUGAAGACCUUGUUCGAGUUCGUGUUCAAAGGUUUCGACGCACUCGGAUACCUCGACCACGUCGAUUAUACUAUCCUGCAGUCCACCAACCCGGACUUCAACAAAGCCAUUGUUCGUGUGAACAUUCACCGCAACCAUCGCCAGACCAUUCAGUACAUUCAGCCGCAAGAUGCUCAUGUUCUGGGACAAGCCGAACUAUUGGUCAUUGAUGAGGCUGCAGCUAUUCCCUUGCCCCUAGUGCGCAAGCUUAUGGGUCCUUACCUGGUAUUCAUGGCCUCUACGAUCAAUGGCUACGAGGGAACCGGUCGAUCGCUUUCUUUGAAGCUGAUUCAACAGCUUCGCGAGCAGGCUCGCGGUGGUAUCAAGACUGCUGAUGCCGAUGUCGCCGAUCGAAGCACUGGCAAGAUCUCGAAGAACACUGACAAGAACCUCGCUGGCCGAUCUCUCCGUGAGAUCACUCUUUCUGAACCAAUCCGUUACGCCCCCGGUGACUCUGUCGAGAAGUGGCUGAACAAAGUUCUUUGUCUCGAUGCGACUUUGCCCAAGUCUCGCAUGAACACUCAGGGUUGCCCGCACCCGUCGCAGUGCCAGCUCCUCCAGGUGAACCGUGAUACCCUUUUCUCGUUCCAUCCGGUCUCCGAAAAGUUCCUUCAGCAAAUGAUGGCCUUGUAUGUUGCAAGCCAUUACAAGAACACCCCCAACGACCUUCAGCUCAUGAGCGACGCCCCCGCCCACCAGUUGUACGUGCUUGUUCCUCCCAUCGACGAGGAGGCAACAAAGCUUCCCGAGCCGCUUUGCGUGAUUCAGGUUGCUCUUGAAGGACGUAUCAGCAGGCAGAGCGUCCUGAACAGCUUGAGUCGUGGUCAGCGGGCUGGUGGCGAUCUCAUUCCUUGGCUGGUAUCUCAGCAAUUCCAGGACGAAGACUUUGCGGGUCUUUCUGGCGCACGAGUCGUCCGGAUUGCCACCAACCCUGAAUACGUCGGCAUGGGCUACGGCUCCCGCGCCAUGGAACUUUUGACCGACUUCUAUGAGGGCAAAUUCACCAGUCUCGACGAGGGAGUCUCGGGUCCCCAGGAGGAGAUGGUCCGUGUCACCGAUGAGGAGCUUGCCAACUCCACUCUCCUCGACGACAACAUUCAGGUUCGGGAUAUCCGCUCGAUGCCGCCAUUGUUCGGCAAGCUAAGCGAGCGACGCCCCGAUUCUUUGGACUACCUGGGUGUCAGCUACGGCCUGACCCCCUCCUUGCACAAGUUCUGGAAGAGAUCUUCUUUCCACCCCGUUUACUUGCGUCAGACCCCCAACGAACUGACUGGCGAGCACUCCUGCGUCAUGUUGCGCACUCUGGCCACUGGUGCCACCGAUGCAGGCUGGUUAGGAGCUUUCUCCCGGGACUUCCACCGACGAUUCCUUGCGCUGCUGUCUUACCAAUUCCGCGAAUUCCCCUCGGUGCUCUCCCUGAGCAUCUGCGAAUCUGCCAAUUCCGGAGCCAAGCUCGAUUCUUCUGCUGUUGUUCGCACCCUGAAGAAGGCUGAUCUGGACGCGGCGUUUUCGCCCUUCGACCUCAAGCGAUUGGACAGCUAUGCAAACAACCUGCUCGAUUACCACGUCAUCCUGGACAUGGUCCCAGCGAUUGCCGAAUAUUACUUCGCCAACCGCCUUGCUGGCAAGGUUAACCUCUCGGGUGUGCAGCAAUCCAUCCUUCUGGGGAUCGGUCUGCAGCGCAAGAGCAUGGAUGAUCUUGAGAAGGAAUUGAGUCUUCCUUCAUCUCAACUUCUCGCCAUGUUCCUCAAGAUCAUGCGCAAGAUCUCCACACACUUCCGUGGUCUGGUUGAGGGGGCUGUUGCGGAAACCAUGCCCGCUGAGCAAGUGGCCGCCGAUGCCGCCUCCGGCGCGCACGAUGAUCCCGUGGUUGAAGACCGAUUCAAGCCCUUGGAGACCGGUCUUGAAGACGAGCUUCGUGCGGGAGGUGAGGAAAUUGACGAGGAGCUUCGGGAGAAGCAGCGUGCUUUGAUUGACGCUCUUCCUCUCGACAAAUACGCAAUUGAUCAUGGCUCGGCGUCUUGGGAGGAAGCAGAGAAGCAGAUUCGCUCCGGCGGUGCUGCCACCGUCAGUGUCAAGACCAAACAAACGAAGCGCAAGAAGGGCGAGACCGCGCGGGACAUCUACGACAAGGAGAUUGACUCCAAGCGUCAAAAGAUGAUCAAGAAGGGUACUGAGGGUCGGAAAAAAUAA